CGUUCCUCCUUCUCCUUCCACAUUCCGCAGCCACACACACUCAUUUUUCUCUUUCGCAACAUCGCCACCAUGUCCGCGAUCGCACGGCUGAGAGCGAUUUCACCGUCGCUGAAAACCCUCAACCGUCCAUUCGGAUCUGCAGCUGCGCUUCAAUACAGCUACGACGACGACGAAGAUGAAGAUUUGAACUAUAACGCGCCACGUGGCAUGCUUGACACGGAAGGUUCAGCCCCAGAACGUGGUAUUCAGUGGGUUAUGAUUGGUGAACCUGGUGCUAAGAGACAUGUUUUCGCUGAAAGACUCUCGAAGCUUCUAGAAGUUCCUCACAUUUCUAUGGCUUCGCUUCUUCAUCAAGAACUUAACCCUCGUUCUUCUCUUUAUCAGCAGAUAGCGGGUGCCUUGGAUCAUGGAAAAAUUGUACCUGAGGAAAUCAUUUUUGCUCUAUUAUCGAAGAGGCUGGAAGAUGGAUACGAUAGAGGUGAAACUGGAUUCAUUCUUGAUGGAAUUCCUCGAACAAGAAUGCAAGCUGAAAUUCUCAAUCACGUUGCUCAUGUUGAUCUAGUGGUAAAUUUCAAAUGUCCGCAAGAGGAAUUAAUGAAAAAUAAACUAGGACUUCGAAAAUUUACUUCGUGCCAAGAACAUAUUUUUAAGACCAGUUCUUGGACCCCAACCAAGCAAUCGCAGGAUGAAUAUGUCCAGAAACGUGCAGAAGAGUCCAAGAUGUUGGAAGAUUACUACAGGAAGCAGAAGAAACUUCUGAAUUUCGAAGUAGCUGGUGGACAGGGAGAAACCUGGCAGGGACUUCUUGCUGCACUGCAUCUCCAGCAUAUUAAUGCUCUUAGUUCUUCUCAGAAGUUGACUGCCUGAAGGGCAUCAAUCUUCCAUGUGGCACCCCAUCGAUCACUCCUCGGCAUUAUACCAUAUGUGAAUAUGAGAGAGCCAGUAGAAUUUAAUCGAAAUUUUGUGAUAGUGUUCCAAUUAUUGGUGAUUUUGAUUUUGGAAAUUUUGAGUAUGUUAAGUUUGUUCUGUAGUGAAGCUGUCCAAUUAAGAAUCAAAUACACAAUGUAUGAGUAUGACCACAAAUUUGUAGUAGUGACCGCGUGAUGAGUCCUUUUUUGUUUCAAUUGUGUUCCAUUCCUUUUCUUUCCUAGUUUCUAGUAACUUGUCUGGUCCCAGAAACUAAAAAGUAAAGGACACGUUACACUAGUUUCAAGUUCAAAGCAUGUGAGGUUCAAACUUUAGGGCUUUCACGUGUUAGUUUCAGAUUUUGUUUACUACAGCCAAUUAUGUUACAAAUUUGUAAUCAAUGUAAUGGAAAAUCCAAAUUGUUUUUUCUUCUAGUUAUUAGUAGUUCCGUGAUUGAUAUUUGAAUCCA